ACAUAAAAACUUGUUAAGACGUGUUCCCCUCUCCAAUCUUCACAAACCAACUCUCAUAAUCUUUCCCAAUAGACUGCUACGCGUUUUUUCUCCAUCUCCCUCCAUACCAACCACCGCACCAAUUCCCAAACCAAAAACUCCCACCGAACCAAGAUGGACACUAAACACCGCACCGUGCGGACCCUAGUUUCAAAGCUAAGCUCCGUUUCCGAACGAACCCGAAUCGAAGCUCUCUGCGAGCUUCGUCAAAUGUCCAAACAAGACCCGGAAACCCGACCCGUAAUCGCAGAAUCCGGCGCGAUUCCGUAUCUAGCAGAAACUCUCUAUUCUUCUUCUCACCCCUCGCAAGAAAACGCAACCGCAACGCUUCUUAACCUCUCCAUAACAGAAAAAGAACCUAUCAUGUCCACGCGCGGUGUCCUCGACGCGCUCGCGCACGUUAUAUCUCAUCAUUCCUCAACCUCCGCUCCCGCCGCCGUUCAAUCCGCCGCCGCCACAAUUCACAGCCUUCUUUCGUCGGUAGAUGAUUACCGUACCGUUGUUGGAUCCAAACGCGAGAUCGUUUACGCUCUUGUUGACAUCCUCCGUUGUCACCGUUCAUCACCGCCGCGAACGGUGAAAGAUUCCUUGAAAGCGCUUUUCGCGAUCGCGCUUCAUCCGUUGAACCGUGGUACUAUGGUUCAAUUCAGUGUUGUUCCGGCGCUGUUCUCUCUCAUCGUUAACGACGGUAGAGUAGGGAUAGUUGAAGACGCAACCGCCGUCAUCGCGCAGGUUGCCGGUUGCGAGGAAAGUAUUGAGGCUUUCCGGAAGGUUUCUGGUGUUGGAGUGCUCGCGGAUCUACUCGAUCUUGCGACAGGUUCUAGUAUGAGGACGAGAGAAAAUGCGGUGUCGGCGCUGCUUAAUCUUGUGCGAUGCGGCGGAGAUGCGGUUGCCGGAGAUGUUAGAGACGCCGUGGCUUUUGGUGCGUUGGAUGGGAUUGCUGAUGUUAGAGAUAAAGGGAGCGCUAAGGGGAAGAGUAAGGCUACGGAGUUGAUGAAGGUGAUGCUUGGUAAUGGUAAUGGGAAUGGUAAUGUCGUUUUCAAUAGUGGUUCGUCGUUUGGUUCUUUGAUGAAUGAAGAUAGUGUAUCGUCGUUUUGAGUAGUGGUUGGUCGUUUUGUUCUAGGCCUGGUGGAUUGUGUACAAAACUAGAUUACUUGUUAUGAUUCUAUUGAUUAUUUCUUAUUCUGAUAUGAUAAAUAUCAUGACAUGUACAUUCUAACAGAGAAAAAGCUUAUAAAUUGCAACUUUUUUGUUAUUCAAAUGUAUUAAAAAAGUUUUUGAUUUAGUUAAAAACUUGAUGAUUAGGAUUUUA